CAAGCACAAAAUCAAAAACAAGAGCAGACCACUUUAAGAGAGUCCUGGGAAGCUGUAACCUGAAGCUCGCUGAAGGCUGGGCUGGGGCAGUCUGCUGGGAGGCAGCGAAAUAGCAGAUGUGGCUGUUAUAAACUGCACACUGCCCCACUUCUUUUUCUCUCCCACCAGGGUUGGUAACUUAGGACAGCACUGGCCCAGAGGAGCCCGAGGUUCUAGCAUGCAGACUCCACUGGUUUUCCUGCUCCUGGGCCUCCUGGCCUCCCCUGGCAGCUCCCAGAACUCAGCCAACGAGCAGGACUCAGCGACUCCUGAUGGGGGCAACGCAGGGGAAGCUGAAGAGGAAGAUCCCUUCUACAAAACCCCAGUGAACAAACUGGCAGCUGCAGUCUCCAACUUUGGUUAUGACCUGUAUCGCCAGCAAUCUGGCAGAACUGCUACUGCCAAUGUGCUGCUGUCCCCAUUCAGCGUGGCUACAGCACUUUCUGGUCUCUCCCUCGGUGCUGGGCAGCGGACAGAGGACCUGAUUUCUCGCACUCUCUACUACGACCUGCUUAACAAGGCUGAAGUCCACAACACCUACAAGGAACUGCUGACAAGCAUCUCUGCUCCAGAGAAGGGCUUCAGAAGCGUCUUCCGCAUUAUCCUGGAGAGAAAGCUACGCAUGAAGGUUGGGUUCCCAAGCCAGCUGGAGAAGGCCUACAGAAUACGACUCAAGAUCCUGACUGGCAACUCCCAGGCAGACCUCCAAGAGCUCAACAACUGGGUAAGGCAGCAGACCAAAGGGAAGAUUUUAAGGUUCCUGAAGGACAUGCCCACAGACGUCAGCAUCUUCCUUGCUGGAGCAGCUUAUUUCAAAGGGCACUGGGCAACUAAAUUUGACCCCAGGAAGACUACCCUGCAGGACUUCUACCUGGAAGAAGACAGAAUCGUGACGGUGCCCAUGAUGUCAGACCCCAAGGCCAUACUGCGAUAUGGCUUCGACUCAGAACUCAACUGCAAGAUUGCUCAGCUGCCACUGACGGGGGGUGUCAGUGCCAUGUUCUUCCUGCCACUGAAGGUAACCCAGAACCUCACCCUGAUUGAGGAAAGCCUCUCGUCUGAAUUUGUCCAUGACAUAGACAAGGAGCUGAAGACCGUCCAUGCUGUGCUAAGCGUGCCCAAGCUGAAGCUGAGCUUUGAGGAAUCGCUGGGAAGCACGCUGCAGGAAAUGAGGCUGCAGCAGCUCUUUAUAUCACCUGACUUUAGCAAGAUGUCUGCUAAACCCAUUAAGCUCUCUCACGUACAUCACAAGACGGUUCUGGAACUGAGUGAAGAUGGUGCAAAUUCCACGCCAAACCCUGGAGCGAAUGCUGCUCGCCUGACCUUCCCCCUCGACUACCAUCUGAACAGACCCUUCCUACUUGUGCUGCGAGAUGACGCCACAGGAACCCUAUUCUUUAUUGGCAAAAUCCUGGACCCCCGGAACAUUUAGCUCCCCUGACAGUAGCCUGCAAGGAAGGUGGUAAAUAGAAAGAAAGCUGGCUCCUCACUCAUGUGCAGGGGCCAAGCUUGCAAAUUGAAUGCCUACAUGCUGCAAUAAAAGAGCUUCUGGCAUUGAUUCAA